AGAUCAGUGAUCGGAGGAAGUUUGUAGUGAUAGAUCGGUACUGUUGAUUUCUCCCUUUUUUCCAAAUUAUAAUGCACUCAGUCAAGAAACUGGAGUCUGAAAAGUCGACGGCGUUGCUGUUGCAAGAUUUGGCAAACAUGAGAGGCCUUCACGUGGAAUGCACCUUGUGCGAAAAGAACCGCUUCCUGCCGAAAAAGAAGGAUCCUCAAGAAAUCCCUUCGGAUUGGAGUUGCUCAAUGGGUCGCUGGACUUGCGAAGAUCCGGAAGAAAAUCCUCGUGAAACGGAUCCGACUUUCGUAGCUGCGGAAGGAAAGCUGCUGGAUUUGACAUUUUCCCUGGGUUCGGUGGUUUGGGCUUUAUUGCCAUCCAAGUCGAAGCGUUCGAGGUGCCCCUGGUUCCCUGGAAUCAUCCAGGAUGACCCCAAUACCCUGGAUUUUUACUGGCCACCGGUGGAUAUCAUGCGAAAAGGAGCAGAAAUUGAUCAAUACUUCGUGAUGUUCUUCACGCACGAUCUACAAAGACACUGGGUGAAGCGUGGAAAUAUCAAGCCGUGGUCCGAUCACCAAAGACCUGAAAAUAGGCGGACCGAAAGAACUUUUGCUCUCAAAACCGCUGAACUGCUAGCUGCAACAGCGGCUAGUUUUCCGAUUGAACGGCGACGCAAGAAGUUUUCCUACGUCGGAAUGGCCCCUAAAUUUUUAGGUAUUUCCGUUCGUCAACCUAGAAGGAAGAAAGAAGUCGUGAUGGUUAAUGAGAUAGACAGCGUCAUGGAUGGCUCAGGGGAUGAGGAAACCCCUAUUGUGAGCCAAAUGAUUAAGAAGCAUCUUCGUCGUUAUGCCGAGUUCAUUCCGGAAGUUGGCGAGAGUCUUUUCGAACCGCCACCCGAAAUUUCGACGGCGGAGAAAGAUUCGCAAUUAUCCGGAUUGCAUCAAAAAAAUCUACGAGGUGAUCAGCAGCAGUUCCGUGUGAAAAACAAAUCAAAAACGUGCCUAACGGAAUCCAAAUCUCAGAAGCUCGCUAAAUCUUCGAGAAUAGUCAAGUCCAAGCAGCAUAAACGCGGAACAUCGAAUUUUCUGGACAAUCUGACACCUGCAGCAGAAUCGAAUGCUGAAUCUUCGACUGCUCUAACAAUGCAAUCGACGGAAAAUCCUGUGGAUAAUCAAGGUACAGCCAGUAGUAAGAAAUCAUGUUCGGUGCGUAAAUUGAGAGUAUCCAAUAUUUGGAGCGAUUCGAAGACGCAGAAACGAAAAAAAAAUGGAGCUUCCGCAUCCACGAAAUCGAGAAACGUCAACGUCAGAAAGUCGGAAAGGAACAUUCUCUCGAGAAACGGGAAAUCUUCUGCCCCGGCUGCCAAGAAAGCCAGAAUGGAUUCUGUCCCGGAGAACGUUCUAUCAUAUUCAACUGUCGUUGCCGAAGUUGCCUCUGAAGACGAAGACGUUAUCUUGCCAUCGAAUUUGCAUGAUGGUGCAAUGAUCGUCCGAGAAGAUCCACUUCCCGAGUUGGUUUCUUCGAACGCCCCUGCACUUGUAUCUCGAAAACCCGGCAUUAGUCGUUAUCAGGAAGAUGCAUCUUUAGUAUCUCUUCUUCCUGAGAAUCCCGAAGAAUCUGUCGGGAACAUUCAAGAUGCUUCGAUAUCAUACGCCGCGUUGGAAACAGUCGUCCUCGAACCAUCCGACCAAGAAGAACAAAUCCUUGAUCAAUCGUCUGGAAUUUUCUCCGGAAUGGAUUUAUUUUCUUACGAGCUUCUUACUCCGAAUGAAGGCGAUCCGGGCAUUUUUGUUGAAGAUAAAGAUAGCUGUUCGGGACAACGGAAGGAAAAUGGUACUUAUCCAGGAAUUUUACCUGAAUUCUCUGCGUCUGAAAAGGUUCGAAGCGAAAAACCGAACACGUACUGUAGCGAAAGUCGCAGACCUUUGUGUGAUGUGAACAACAACAAUGAGGAUUUGUUCGAUGACACGGUUCUUUUCGAGAGCCAGUCCGUCAAUCGGAGCUCCAGUCGUAUAAUACGAACGGAGUUGAAUGAAUCUGAAAAUUCCCGUCAAAUUUCUGAAAUUCAUCUCGUAACUUCGGAAUUGCAAGAAAUGACGCAGAGGAAACCGGAUGUUCAAAGGAAAUGCGUUGAAGUUUUCAAAGAAAUUUCUCCAAUCGAGCCAACUGGAUCCGUCAUUGAAAAGUCCUUCAUUGGAGAUCAAUCUUCGUCGUCUGCGGAAGUUUUUCCGAAUCUUGCGCUAAACCAGGGAUUUAAUCAUUCAUGGUCACCAUCCUUCGGGAACUCGAACGCUUCGUUGAAUUCUUCGCAGUCGUCAGAAUCAGGCUCCGCUAUGUUCGGCGGAUUUUUCAAAGUUUGCUCUGUGAAGGCUAAAAUGUCGGUUCAUCAAGGCCUAAGUCAAGAAUCGAAAAGAAAGUUGAGGGAAUCUUUCCGUGGAGAUCCGGAUGCUGACAGGGACUGAGUUCGUUCCUAUGUGUUUCUAAUACUGGGUUUGAGGUAUAUUCAAAAGAAUCGUCAAAUUUUCUUUUUUUGCAAAUUCAAAAUUUUGCUCACAAGUAAGGCUCUUUUUUUACGAUUCGUUAUGGUGUUCUUCGUUUGCUGUGUUCAUCGGGUUACCGAUUCGAAAUUUAAAACUGAUUUCGAAAUCAGUUUACCGAGUGAUUAUAUCUUUGCCUGCUGCAACGAGCGAUCUCGUUCAUGAAACCAUGUGAUCGACUGAAGUGUGAUGCCUUUUUUUUUUGCAUUUUCGUUCACGAUUUUGUACGAGGAUCUGCGAACACAUAGGAUGCUGCGAAUAUGUACAAGCCUACGUGACAAUUCGUGUAAAAGUGUCCUGCUCAUUUUUAAAAUGGUUGUCGAUUCGAUAUGAUGCUUUUGUUGUUGACGUUCACGAACGUCUAAGCGGUGGUUCUGCGUGAAGAUUUUUUUAUUCUGUUUUUUCCGUUGAUUUUUCCAUUCAAGAAUGGAUAUCUCGAUCAAGGGUGACCUUUGUGUCAAUGUGUUCUGCACAUUGUUAUAUUCAGUUGAUUCACUUCAGUGACAAAUGUUCGGUUGUGAUGGGCAAUGUGAAAAUUUUCGGAGAGCGAGCUGGUGCAUGCCUCAGUUAGAAAUUGACGUG